UUAAUGCACGCACGCAACUGCAUUCCGUUUAGUAAUAUUGCUGCUGCUGUUAGAAUUUUGUGUUAAUUUGGCUUGUAAAAGUGAUACUAGAAAAUGUAAACCCUCGUAUUAAGUGCACCAUUCCAUUUACCAUCCUAGAACAAAGUCUCGAAUGUCAAAAGACAAACCAAAACGAAUCUCUAAUAUGGUUAGCAAAUCGUUUCUGUGGGGAGUGAUAGCUGCCUCGAUGACGUGGUCGGUCAGUUUGUAUCUGUACUGGAAUUUGAGCAAUGGUAGCGCCUCCGGGAGUACCUUAGCAUCCCGAGCAGUUCCGGCCACUGCUACCGGAACCAAGAAUGGAGCCCCGGUGGAACAGGAACCGCUGAGUCGUAAGCAAUCUUUGGGACGCUUUGAGAAUUUGGUAGAAAUAGGACCCCAGGAUGGGGCCAAGAGCUUGGGCAAAAGUGUCGAUAUGCUGAAGGAGAAAUAUCGUCGUUACCAGAAGGAGCGGGAAUACAGGAAGGCUAGCCACCGGUUGAUCGAUGAGCUGCAACCGAUUAUGCCCAAUGGGACCGAUGAGUUCGGGAUGGUGAGGAACUCGGAGGAACAGUUUAUCCGGGAUGUUGGUUAUAGGAAGCACGCUUUUAAUGUGCUUGUUAGCAAUAAGAUUGGACCGUUCAGAGAUGUACCAGAUACCAGACACAAGUUGUGUAACGAACAGAGUUACGACAAAGUUCUGCCACCAGCCUCGAUUAUCAUGUGUUUCUACAACGAACAUCUCCAUACGUUGAUCCGUUCGGUGAAUACGGUUCUUAAACGCACCCCUUCGUACUUGCUGCACGAAAUUGUGCUGGUCGACGAUUGUAGCGAUAUCGAUGAUUUGCGAGAAGAGUUGGAAAAUGAACUUAAAAAGUUGAAUAGUCCAAAAGUCAAACUGAUUCGUAACACGGAACGAGAAGGACUGAUGCGGUCCAGAGUUUAUGGAGCUCGCAAUGCAACGGGUGAUGUUUUGAUAUUCUUGGACAGUCAUAUCGAGGUCAAUGAACAGUGGAUCGAACCACUUUUACAGCGCAUCAAGAUCAAUAGAACGAUUCUGGCCAUGCCCGUGAUAGACAUUAUCAACUCAGAUACUUUUGCUUAUACAUCAAGCCCGUUGGUACGAGGAGGAUUCAACUGGGGCUUACAUUUCAAAUGGGACAACCUGCCAAAAGGUACUUUGGCUAAAGAGACUGACUUUGUUGGUCCUUUUCUUUCGCCAACAAUGGCUGGAGGGCUUUUUGCCGUAGAUCGAAAAUACUUCAAGGAACUAGGCGAAUACGAUAUGGGUAUGGAUGUUUGGGGUGGCGAAAAUUUGGAAAUUUCUUUCCGAGCUUGGCAAUGUGGAGGAUCAAUCGAGUUGAUACCGUGCUCCAGAAUUGGACACAUUUUCCGUAAACGACGUCCAUACGGAUCUCCAGAUGGAACUGACACCAUGAUACGUAACUCCCUGAGAUUGGCUCGAGUGUGGAUGGACGAUUAUAUAAAAUACUUUUACGAGAACCAACCGCAAGCCAAAAGUCUUGAUGCAGGUGACAUUUCUGAUCGUCAAGUUUUGAGAAAACGCUUGCAAUGCAAACCGUUUGACUGGUACUUGAAAAAUAUCUACCCUCAACUGCGACUUCCCGGUGAAAAGACUACAGAUAGCAAUGUAUCGCAGCCAAAAUUUCAACCAUGGCAUUCUCGAAAACGGAACUAUGUUAGUAAUUUCCAGAUUCGCCUCAGCAAUACGACCCUUUGUAUUAGCACGGAAAGUGCGAAGGAAAAAAGUUUGUGGAAAAAAGGUUCCCACUUGGUGCUACAACCAUGCUUACGAGUCAAGCAACAGAUGUGGUUUGAAACGGAACGAUCAGAGCUGGUCCUAGGGCAACUACUCUGCUUGGAAGCACCAUCCAGUGCAACCAAGGGAACCCCACUGUUGCAAAAGUGCCAUGAAAUGGGAGGCGAUCAAGCCUGGAAACAUCGCAAAACGAAAGGAACUCCCAUCUACAACAUCGCUUCCGGGAGCUGUCUGUCGGUCCAUGAAACCAGGAAAGGUGCCCCGGUGGCGUUAGAUUUGUGUGUCAACUCGCCACGCAGCACCUGGGAUUUGGUGAUAUCAUGAAGGAGUCCUGAAAAGCACAAAGAGUAUACGCUUACUGAGUAUAUGUUUAUUCCUCCCUAAAGACUUCCUACGAGUGAUUCCAUGAUAGGUAAUAGAGAUUUUGUUUUUCUUUGUAAAUUAA